UCUUCUUCUUCUUCCCCUUCUAUCUGCUCAGAUCAAGCACCAAAACCAAACUUCACCAACACAAAAGUUCUCAUCUUUUGCGACCAAAAAGCACCAACUUAGCUUUACCCUACAACAAUGGCAGUAGAAGAUGAAGCAUUUUCUCUCACUUCACUCAAACAAGAAGAAGAAGAAGAGAGAGAGAGUUUUUUAGCUUUGAGCAGCACUUGCAAAGUGGUGGAGUAUCUGCAGCCAGUGAUGUCCAAAGAGCUCCUCUGCAAGUUCCCGGACAACUCCGCUUUUGAUUUCGACUACACGCAGAGCUCCAUAUGGUCCCCGUUGGUCCCCCGGGCUUACGCUCCCAUGGAUUUGGAUAUGGACUUGGAUUUGGAUUUCUGGAGACCGAGAAAGCUCAAUUUGGAGAUGGGGUUGGAGGUGAAGAAUCAGAACAGCAGCCUGGUUGACACCGGAGCCGGUUCGGGCAUUAAGAAGAAGAAGAUCUCCACAACCGCAACUUGUUUCAAUCUGAAUCGAAGUGCUCUGAAGAACAAGGUGAUGAAGAGGAAGAAAAGCAAGAUGGUUUUGGCCUCUGAUUUCUCUCCAACUCCUGUGAAGAUUAACUGUAACCCCAUUGCAUCAAAGGUGUGGAAUAAGGUGCUUAAAGCUGCCUCAAAGCAUUUCAAGAAAAAGAAGAGAGAUCCCAUGGAUCAUGCGAGGCUCUCCAAUUAUUUGAGAUCAGAUGGAAGUAUUUGAAGGCUUAAUUUGUUUCUCACUUGCAAUUCUUUAUUGUUUCAUUCAAUUUGUUAAUUUCAUUUAAUUGUCUCUGUCAAUAAGAGCAAGCAUUGCUUUGUAGAAGAAACUAGAUAAUAAUGACGGCGCGUUGCUGUAGAAUUACAAAUUGACUUUCUAGCAAUGUAUAAACUUGAGUUA